AUGGCAUGGAAACUCAUGGAAGGGAACUCACUUUGGGCCACUUUCUUUGGAGCUAAAUAUCUUCCCAAGUUCCUUAACAGAAAUGGUGAGAUCAAGCUAGAGGGAUCCGACCUUUGGAAAGAUAUACAACACCUCAUGCUUCCCGUUAUUCGUAACUCGAGAUGGCUAAUCGGUAAGGAAAACACUUGCUUCUGGUCCCAGAACUGGACCAGUGGUGGUCUACUAUUGGGAGCUUCAUUUCACCCUUUAUCAGAGCUUGAGAAGACUGCCCAGAUUAAAGAUUUUUGGACUCCCUCUGGAACCUGGAACUGGGAGUUGAUUGAUAAUUUUGUCACUCCCCCUGUUGUCCAAGCUAUCGUCAAUAGUGGUAUUUCUCCUUCUCACAGAAAAGAUCGCUUCAUCCGGACAUUGUCCCCUUCAGGUAAAGUUUCCUUCAGAUCUGCCUGGAACCUUACGCGAAAUCACCGCCCGAAACAGCAUUGGCCUAUGUGGGUUUGGAACAAAUUCGUCCCUCCUAAGAUAGCAAUCUUUCUUUGGAAAGUAAUGCAUGAUGUAGUCCUAGUGGACUCAGUCAUCCAAAGACUUGGAAUCAGUUUGGCGUCCAGGCCAAGUAGGGGAUGGCUGAAACUGAAUGUUGAUAGGUCUGCUAGAGGUAACCCGGGGGAAGGUGGUGGCGGAGGUAUUUGUAGGGACGAACAUGGGUCGCUGAUCUUCGCUUUCCACAACAAAUAUGGCCUAGUCUCUAAUACCGUUGCGGAAGCUCAGGCAAUGGUAGAUGGCAUAGAGAUCUGUAAAGACAUGGAGCUAUCCAAUAUCGAAGUUGAAACUGAUUCAAGAACCUUACAUGAUGCGGCUUCCAAUUCUCUUUCUUCGGAUACCUGGAACAUCUAG